AACACCAAUCCGCGACAGGCAUUAUUGGAUUGGGGUUGCGGUUGAGAUGCUGGUGGAAGAACACAGAGAUCACUUCCCCGAUACUCCACCAGUGGCUGUUGCACGUGUGGAUCAGACAGACUGAUCUACGGUAUGGGGCGAUUUUCCGUAUCCAGCAAGCUUAUUGAUUUUGUUGAUGAAACAAAAAUUGACUGGACCAUGACAGCAAUUUGCUUCGUGUGCAACCUGCCCAUCCUCAGCCAUCAGGUGGGACUAAUUUGGCAGGGCGGAAAUGGGUGGGACGAUCUUCUUCGAGAGCAGGUCGAAGAAUCAACCCUCAAACAACGGCUGGGAGCGGGGCGGAGGGACUCGGCCGCACAGAUUACCUCAAUUUCACCACCGAAUGAGAUCCAGGAAUCGUCUCCUCCAAAUCAGCGUCGGCGUCGGUCCAGCUUGGCCCAGUUGACGGAACUCCUGAAGGAAUGGGGCGGCGGCGGGACGUCGAGCAAGGGUGGAAAGGGUGGGAAGCUGCAUCGGCGAGAGACCCUUGCGGACAUCGCGAAGUCCAUGCCAUGGCCGAGACAACAGACAACGGACGCGAGCCAUAUGACGAGCCUCCGAAGUAGGAGGGAGAGCUCCGUCGACAGCGGAAUCAGAAGUCAGGUGUCCUACAAAUCAAGGAGAGACUCGACCAUCAGCGACUUCAAGAAUGAAUUGGCCCGAUUUUGGAGCAGAAAGGACUCGCAGCAGUCUUCGGCCCCGCCAACGGUCAUUUCGCCAACCACGAGGAGAGGCUCCGGAGAAUCCGUUAAAAACUCGAGACGUGGGUCCGGAGAGAGUGCUAAGUCGCGGAGAGAUUCCGUCGUCGGUGGGCAGUCGGUCAGCCCUGGAGAACGGAAACACAAUUGUCGACACCACAGACGCAGGCAGUCCCAACAGUCCCAGGAAGGCGGAGGUGUCACUCCUACUAAAUACUACCGGAGUGACCAAAGGCCCAGCGCUUCGAGCACCGACAGUGGGGCCAGCUGUGCGGUUAGGGAACAUCUGGAGGCGCAGAGACUUCAGGCUGAAAAAAACGAGAAGGCUAGCUCGACGGUGGACGUGAAGUCUGACGUGAAAGCGCCAACGACGACGCUGACGGUAGAGAUGAAGACCACUGCAACUGACAGUGGCAAAUCCAUGAAUCUAGACCCGACGAUGAAUCCUCCCACGAUCAUCACGUCCGCAGUGACGCCGCCUCUGGUGUCACCGAUGGCCGGAAGCAGUCUUCCCUUGCCAGGAAUGUCCGCUUCCGGUGGCUCAAGUCCCGUAGGAACUCCGAAUUUGAACAGCACCCCAACCCACCCCCUGCUCACCACAAGAAGAGAUUCCACCACUCAGUGCUAUUACAAAGGAAAAGAGGCAUCACCGAGCAAAUUGGCAAGGCUAACGAGGCAGGCAGCUGCUAUCGACGAAUCGCUCCCACCUUCCGGUCGACGAGGGAGUCAGCCGACGCUUUCUCCGGAUCCUGAUGACGGAGGUCGCAAGGCUCGCAGGGACUCGUUGAGUCCAGACUCAGCCUCCUAUCCCAGAAGGCGUGACUCUAGGAGUCAUUUGAGCCCGGACAGAAACGCUACUGAUAAACGGGACAUCAGUCCGAUUCGACAGAGAAAAGCCAGGCUGAGACGGCAAUCAACGUCCAUCGCGUAUGGUCGACCGCCCAGGUCUUCGGAUAGCUCAUCCUGUUCAUCACGGGAUCCGAGUCCCUGCGCCCGUGGACCAACUACCAUUCAACAUGCGCCGGUGAUCAGAAGACAAUCAACGACUGAAGAGAUUUUGAUCGCCAGAGGUUUCAGGCGGCAGAGUACAACGGAGGAAAUGAUACGAUGCAGAAAUUUCAGAAGACAAAGUUCCCAGAGCGAUGACACCGUUCAAAGGUACAGAGGCCGAAGGGACAGUUCGGCUCAAAUUACUGACGGAACCUUUGCCACGAUGACGGUCGAAACGACCAGUACAUUUUUUGACAGCAGCACGCAGACCGAACCUUCUCCACUUUAUGACAACAACCAUUACCACGAGGAGUGCCUGAGAUGCAACAGUUGCGGCCUCAAUCUUACCGGACCAAAUCAGAAGCGCGCACGCAGGUUCAAAAACCACAUUCUGUGUGACUUGCACUUUGCGGACGUCGCUCUGAUGGAGUGUGCAGAUUUCAUGCAACAACUUCGCAGCUUCAAGCCUCAGAGUCUGGGCUGUGCCGUCGCCCGUCGAAAGUCAUCGACUACCCUGAUCUUCCCGUUACCACCUCAAGCUUGUUCAGACGAGUUCUGCGAAGAAUUUCCUCACAAUCUAAUCCCAACCCCCGGGUACUGGAUCGAAUGCUCUCGUCAAAAGAUUGCCUCGGAUACUAUUUGGGACGAGAGCGAGAGUGACAGAGAAGUAACAGAUCCUGAUCAGGCUGAAGAGCAGGCAGAUUCGACGUCGAGGCAGCAGAGGCAGGAUUUUUGCCUCUUUGAAGAGAACGAGAUAGAGACGGACGAUGCGCCGCGUAAGAAAACUGCGAUCGAAGAACAGUGGGAAAAAAAUCAGGGCUUCGAAUUGACAUCGGUUGAGCAAGAAACGUACGAAAAAUACUUUUACGGAUCGGAACAUUGGAACUAUUUCACCAACGACGACGACCUCGGUCCGGUGAUACUCAGCAUUAAACAAGAGACGAUUAACGGUAGAGAUCAGUUCCGGAUUCUGGUCAGAGCUAUAAGCUACACCGUUCACGGCUUGAUACCGGCCAGCUGUGUGUUUGCCGAUCGUUACAACCGCGAGGAAGUUGUUCGUAGCCUCGGUAAGGAGGUGAAUAUCAACCCUCCGCUGACUCUGGGUCAGCUGCCAGACACACCUGAGGAGCUUCUCAAGUUGGACCAGGUCUUCAUUAAGUCCGAACUCAAGGUUGGGGUGAUUUACGUACAGGAGGAACAGUACAGCGAGGAGGAAAUUCUGGACAACAACGACAACUCGCUCUCGUUCGAGGAAUUUCUACAAAUUCUCGGCGACAAAGUCAGGCUCAAGGGCUUCGACAAGUACAAGGGUGGAUUGGACACCGUGCACGACUUGACGGGGCUUUAUUCCGUUUACACAAACUGGAGAGGAAUCGAAAUCAUGUUUCACGUCUCGACGCUGCUUCCUUACGAGAAACACGACCCUCAAAAGCUGCAGAGGAAGCGGCACAUAGGCAACGAUAUUGUUUGCGUGGUGUUUCUCGAGGCCGACAAUACGAGUUUCAGUCCAGCGUGCAUAAAGUCGCAUUUCCUCCAUACUUUCAUCUUAGUGCGAGUCAGUCCAAGAAUAAAGCGUAAGAUCACAAGGUACGAGGUGUCCGUGGUGACGAGGGAUGAGGUUGGCGCUUACAAGCCGUACCUGUGGGAACAAAGUAUAUUUGAAAAAGGACCGAUGUUCAGAGAGUGGAUUCUGACGAAAAUAGUAAACGGGGAACGAGCCAGUUACUCAGCGCCGAAGUUUGCGAGGAUGCAAGAAAGGACCAGGAGUCAGAUGCUCGAGGACAUUGUCGCCAACUUGGCAAAUCACGCGGAAACCGGGCAAAUCCCUAAGCCGUACAGACGCGGGUCUUGGAGACCUAUCGGUCACAUGAGACCCUCUUCUCCGUUGUUGGACUCCGUGAGAGAUCAAUUCGAAGACUACGAUCAGCUGGCCAAGGAUUUCACCCGAGUAUUUCUGAACAACGUAGCGAACGUGACACUGAACGCCAGCUUGUUUGACGUGUCCUUUUUGGUUCCUGGCCAAAAGAAGCAAAAAGUUCGGUUUAUCGGAGUUCGAGCUAUUCUCGGUGUCAGAAGCAGGGUCUUUCAAGAAAUGCUGUACGGAAUUCAAACGGGAUUUGGAAGUCCCCAAGUUCCGGUCGGCGAGUUACUUUCCAGGCCUGUCCCCACUGCACUUAGUCCACAGAAGCCAAAAAGUUCGAACUUCCUUCAGGUUCCUGACGUGGAAAGUCCAAGGCCCAAAAGUGUGCCAUCCUCUCCAAUGGUGAAGCGUGCCUUCUCACGUCUCGGGACCAUCACGGCAGGAUGGGGUCGCAGCAUUCGUAAACACGGAAGCGGAAACACCCUCCAAACCGAAGACCGAAAGUUGUGGUCCAGCUCUCAGGACUGCAGCAAUAAAGAGGGUAAGGAAAAGGAUCGAGGAGUACAGUCACUGGCUGUUCCCAGGCUGAGCGUCUGUGCCGAUGCCCAGAAAGUCGACAGAGCAAAGCUCGCUCAAACUGAGUUCGACAUAAUCGAAUUUGACCCGGAAACCUUCAGGACUUUGUUGGAUUAUCUGCACACCGGAUCAUGCCCGCUAACCUGCACGAAUAUACCGGGGCUGAUAUGCGCCGCCGAACAUUACGACCUCCCCGAACUGCUUCAGGCAUGUUUCCAUCACGCGAAGCAGUUCCUGCGCAUCGAGAUAGUCUGCGUGAUGCUCUGCGCUCUUGAGAACUACUACUGGAGAUACACUUCGGCCUCGGAACUGGUCAACAUGAUCCUCGCUUUCGUUGAAACUCGGGCCUGGCAGCUCUUUCGGAAUCCCGAUUUUCUCACCCUAAGUGAAUCCAUGGUCCAGAUGAUCAUGUGCCGUGAACUGACUGUCAUUGAAAUACAUAAGUUCGAGGCUAUGCUGGAGUGGGCGAAGCACAGGGUGGAGACCAAGACUUCGGAGCUCGACGCCGAGCUGGAGUUCAAGUGUAUUAUGGAAAGACUGACUCGGGACUUGAAGCUGCAGAAUAUUGCACCGCACGAACUCAUCAGGACCGUUUUACCGUCUAAGGCUAUCAAGAACGAAAGGAUUUUGGAGACGCUGAUGUACCAGGCGCACACUGGAGUUUUUCGCAACGUUGACACUUUCUUGGAAGAUUACCAGAGAAGGAUACAGAAUCCGGAAAGCUUGGAUUGAAGGUUAUAAAUUAAUUUGGCAUUGGAAUUCAUGCUGCGCUCCUCAAUUAUUCGAGGAAAAGAUUCUCUAGUACCAACGGUUCGAGAGUAUUAAAAUAAUCGUCGCGGAUUUUUGGCUUAGAUACUUUACCGGAAUCACAAUUUGCGCAUAAAAGCGCGAGCGAUCAGAAAUCGUUUAUUUUUUCGAUUUCUAAACGCAAAAUGAAAAAACAAAACUUGAGUAAAACUUUUAAAAAAUUUGGAAAUAAAAUGGAGAAACGAAAAAAAUUUAUUCGGACCGUUAAAUACUAUGCUCAACGUACUGGGAUUUGCUUUUUCUAAAUCUUUGCGACGCGGUUGAUCUGCUAAGAUCAAGACUUGCGAUCGUAAGUAAGACCUAACAAUGCGUAUACUACGUGUAACGUAUACAACGGUAAGUCUGAUGUAUUCGAAAUUUUGGUAGACAAUACAGAGUGUUCCUAGAAAUAGUUUCUGGUUAUUGUAUGUACACUAGACGUGUAUAUAGAUGCGUCUCCGCGAUCAGCAAGUAAAAAGGAACUAUAAGGAGGUGGUGAGAAGUUUUUAACGUUUAUGAAUUAGUUUUAUAUAUAUAUAAUAUAUACGAAUUCUAGAUUAUACUAACGAUAAAAGUAUAAUAAAGUCUGCCUUGAACUGUGCGUUUGCGAGAAAAAAAGGUUAGAAAUAACGCGAAACAAUAGAAAUGCGCGUAUAUUUCAAUCAAUCUCAAAAUCAAUAAGAAAAAAGAAUUCAAACGUUAUAAAUUUAUUUUUAAAAUAUAUGAACACGCCAUAUAUUAUUAUUUAAUACAAAAAGUUUAUAUUUUUUUUCACCCCGUACGACUUAUUGGUCAAUUUUUUUUCUUGUUUCCCUCUAAAUUGAAAAAAAUGUCGUUACUUUUUCAUUUUAUUCCACACGUACGAAAAGUUAUAACAAGGUAUGAUUGAGAAUUGUCAAACUUUCACCUUCUUACAGCCCUUUUUAUUUCUGUUUAAUGGCAGCCAGUGACGGUGACGCUAUGACCAGAGCACGUAUCGAUGUAGCGACACUCUGCGUAUAACUACUAUACAUUACAUACAUAUACAUGCUGCUGUAUUCUAAAUAAUGAAAAUGACAAGCUAAGGCACAAAAAAUUUUCGCAAAAUUCAUGGCUUGGUUGACAAAGUGAAAGAAAUUGAAAUCACACGACGAAAAAGAAAAAAACUCACGAACAAAUGAAUAAAUAAUAUAUAAACACAAAAAGGAAAUGAAAGAAAGAAGAAAAAAAAAAAAAACUCCUCGACACCUUCGAACGAGGGCUGAAUAUUAGUUAGGUGUGAAAAAUAAAUAUAAAUUAUAAUGAAAAUACAUGUGAACUUGAUCUUUGGCAAACUGAAAUCCAUCGCAUUGUGUGUAUAAAAUAAUUUUUCUCAAGGGACGCGAUGUGAGCUUGUGUGUAUAAAAAUUGAAAUUAUGUGACGACAAUCUCGCCCGUUGUAAUGAAAGUAACUCGCAUAUAAAUUGUUAAUAAAUGUUUGUGACAGGGUUAAAAACUUAGCGCAUGAAUGGGAAGAAUUUUUUUUUUAUAUAUAUUAGCAGAGUUUUAAUAAGUGUUAAAAAUUACUAUCUGCACUUUAUACGUAUAACCUUGACAGGGCAAACGUCGCGUCUCUUAAAAAAAAAUUCACGAUUCAGGCUGUCUGCAUUUGAAACCAAUAGUAGACAGAUUAUUGUAAUACUUAUUACAUAUACUUUGCAAGCAAGAUCAAAUAAUCGGCGGCAUGUAAAAAAGCCGAACAUGACAAUCUAUAUAAUAAAAUAAAAAUCUAAUAUUCGAUAAAUAUGAAAUAAACAUUAUAUAUACAAUAAUAAUAAUAAUAAUGAUUAACAAUAACAAUUAUUGAAAACAAUAAUAAUAUUAAUAAUGGAUAAUGAAUAAUAAUAACUAUUAUUAUUGAAAGCGUUGAUGUUGAAUGUGGGGUAAAAAUAUUUGAAGUCUGUUCUGUUUUCUAUCGUAGAUUUUGUAUCUUCAAUACUCUAAGACAGAGAUUCUAAAAUCUGUGGGGCUGGAACGGGCUGGAAAAUCAUCAUUUCUAUAGGGAACGUCAAAACGGUUCUAAGGCUAAAACUAAUUGUAAGACCUGUUAAUCGCUGUUACGCAGAGCCAAAAACGUUCGCGUAUAAAAAUGAUCGGGUCUAUAAUUUGAAUCACACGACUGUACUGUAAUUUCGUAUAAAGAUACUCAUCGCGCUGAACGGAGGCCGAGACGCGUCGAGCCAAUUAAUUAUUCCUGCAAGCUUUUAAGCAACAUAUUAUUAUUAUUCGUAGCGUUAAUUUAUUGUUUCGCGUCUCGGUUCACCGACACCUUAGUUCGCGGCUUGGAAUUGGAUCGAAAUACGAAGUCACGAGAUUCAUACUUUGAAAAGGACGAUCCUGUCAUUACCUAUUAUAUUACUGUGUCUUACCGUGUAUAUGCCUAACGUGUAUAAUAUCUGGCCAUACACAGAAUAUGUAUGUAUUACGUACGUACAUGUAUAAUUUACACGUCGCACAUGGAGACACGCACGCAUACAAAAAAUACAGACACAUUUAAAAAACAAAAUAAUUAUAGUAAUCGUAACAAUGAUGAAGGUAAUAACCAUAUAAUCAGAAUAAUAAUAUAAAUAUAAAUAAUAUUAAUAAUAAUAAUAAUAAUAAUAAUAAUAAUAAUAAUAAGUGAAAACAAAUUACACAUACAGAACGUAGCUGCUGCAAUGGAGAAACCAGACAAUAGGAUAAAAUAUUGUACAAUACGUGAAGAAAAUUACAUUAUCGUGUACAAAGGUGUAAAACAAUGAAUUUAUUUUGAAUAUUAAUUGUGAAGAAAAAAAAAAAAAAGAAAAGAAAAAAAAAACACAGCAACAACCAACGGGGAUUGAAAAUAUUGUACUACGUGUGAAGUAGGUUAUAUGCUGUUACCAUUCUUUUACUGGAUCAAUUCUCCAACGCUUAUAAUCGUCUAAGAUACACCAUAAAUUUUUUGCAUUAUUCGUUCAUUAACUAUUUUUAUUGUCUAUAAAAUAUAAUUAACGAGUUUUUCCGAGUGAUAGAAUUAUUCGUCGUACACCUAAAACACUUGUUAAAACGUGAAACAUUGAGUGACAAGUUUAGAUUUUAUACGAAGUGUUCAAGUCUUGUCCUACUCAUAUUCUUGCCUAUUUUUUUUCCCUUUCCUUUAACGUAAAAACUGCUGUAUUCUACGGAUAAAUUUAGACCGUUGCCAACGGGAUCGUCCUUUGCGAAUUCAACAAUGAUAAAACUUAACAAACUCUAAUACAUAAUAUUAUCUAGUACAUAAUAUUAUACCUAUGAUUGAACAAGCAGCUGUAUAUUAUUACAUAUAAUCGUGUAUAAGCUGUGGAGCAUAUUUUCAACGCCGAGUAAUUUUUCGAGCCCCAAUUCCCCACAUAUAAUGUAUAUUCUGUUAUACAUAAAGAGAAGAAAAAAAAAUUGUACUACGAUAUACAUGUACAUACAUAUAUGUGCAAAUAUACAUGCAUGUACACGCAUGUACGUAUGUAUGUAUGCAAAUAUUUAUACAUACAUGUAUAAUAACAUAUUGUGAAAUAAAUAUUGUUGGUUCUUAUCGAAGAAUCGCCCGAACUGUUAACAAGUGUCUUAUCGUUCAGGCAGAAGGCUGGAUGAAAGAAUUAUACAGAAAAUUAAUGUAUAUUUCCUGUUAGAAUUUUCCAUCGUACUCCAACAUUAUAUACGCAACUAUACAUAAACCAUCAUUAUUAUUCGCAUCAUUCGAGUAUUCGUACGUAACUUUUGAAAUUGAAUCGUCACACUCAUACCUACUUUGUUAUAAUAUUUCUAAAUGUUGUCGAAACAACAAUAACCAAAUUUACCCUAUUUCUUGAAUUUGGCACACGCCUAUCUUUAUUGUACUCAUGGUAUAGGUAGCCAACUUUCAUUUCACACACAGAGAAUGUGGAGACGUUUCGGUUUUAAUCAAAAACCUGUGACUCACAUCGUCUUUCAUCGUUAUAAUUGUGUAAUCAGCAAUAGAAUAUAAGACAUAAUCAUAACUGUAUAGUGUAUAUUUCUUCAUGUAAAUCGGAUAUUUCAACCACAAAAGGAAAAAAGAAAAGAAAAACAAAAAGAUCAAACCUUCUACAGAUGUACCUACAGACUUUAUCGCGAAAUGUUGCACGCUAAUGAUUGCGGAUUCAAUGGGAUGUGUCCAUCCAUUUGCGACGUUAAUAAUUGCGUUAUAUUACUUGGUUUUACUGUCAAAUAAUUUCGAUUCAGUUUUAGAAUCAGUCUCUCCCAUUACCAGAAUUAUAUAACUCGUAGAUAUCAAUUAAAAAAAAUAAUAUUAUAAUGAAAACGAUCGCAUUAAUUUCUCUACAGAAUUUCGUACAAAUUAUACCUCAUUUCGCGUACUUUGUGUAUUAUACCUCUCCACACGUACCUGUGUAUGCACAUACUUGUACGUAAAUACGCAACAUCUUUUUUCUUAUAUAGAUGUGAACUGUCCCUAAUAAAUCCCAACUCCCUUCAGCUCUUGUUGUACGAAGUUAAUUCACAGUUAUAUAAUCAAAAGGAUGAUAGGAAGAAAAUAGAAAAUCUUAAGAAUAAAUAAAAAUUGCCAAACACCGUUACAUAAUGGGCACGUGACAUAUUAUUGGAGAUCAUCUAAACUUUUGUGAAUGUUGAGAUUAGCCAGCGUCAGUUUUUCAAUUAAGUCCAAUAUAACGUAUAUACUUGCAGCGACAUCGAAGAAACGAAUAAACGUUAAUAUUAUCCCUAUAUAAUGCGUGUUUAUUCGAUUUGUAUAAAAAUAAUGAGUAAUAUUAAUGGUGUAAUGAUAAUAGAAAAACUUUAUAAUCGUUAUAGUAGAAGGAUGCGAUUUAAUUAUCGGCGCCGCAAUGCGCGAGAAUUGAAAACUUUUUUGUUCGCUUUUGUGAGAAAAUACAUAUUGGCGUUGUUAUAAAAGUUAACGAAUUCACGAUAUUGAUUUUCAUGUUCCUGUGUGGCAGGUCUCAUCAUUCAAAGACUUUUCGACGACACAAUGACACGCACAUGAAAGCCAACACAAUCUAAAGUAAAUUAUUAUAUGACAAAAGUUUAUUGUAUAUGAAGCUACUGUGAUGUUACUGUUGAAUAUAAUAAAUAUAUAUACAAUAUAUAUAUAUUGUAAAUAUAUUAUAUAUAUUAUAUAUAUACGUAUAUAUAUAUAUAUGUAUGUAUGAUGUAUUUA